UAGUCGAGGUACCAUUAGACAUAGUUUGUAAAAAAAUUACAUCUCCAGAAAUAAUUGGUAAUUUGGAAUAAAUUUUCUGUAGAUUGGGAUAUCCUAGUUCUAUAAAAGCAGAUAAUGGUCGACAAUUUAUGAGUAGUGAAUAUAAGAGCUUUUGUAACAAGAACAACAUUGAUCUGAUAACUUCACCUCCUUACUGGCCGCAGGCCAAUGUCAAAGUUGAAAAUUUGAAUAAAUCUAUUUUGAAGCGACUGCAAAUAGCUCAUGGCAGAGGGGCGGACUACUGAAGAGAAGUACAGAAAUUUACUCUUAUGUACAACGUGACACCACAUGGCACAACGGGUAAAUUGCCUUCAGAGCUUCUUUUAAAUAGGACUCAUAGAGACAAAAUUCCAUUUGUACAAGAUAUAAGUGAAACUAUUUUAGAUUCAGAGGCUAGAGAUUUAGACAAGAUUAACAAACAAAAAGGAAAGGAGAGAGGGGAAAGAGUUCGUGGUGCCAAGGAAGCGGAUAUUUUCAAUGGUGACGAUCGGAAUUUAAACGACGUAGUAUUACAAGGAAAUGAUGGCAGAACUUUUAGGCGAAAUGUAAACUAUGUGAAGAAAAUACCAUUGCUGGAUCAGACUGAAAUCAAAACAACAAAUAAUGAAGAUAAUUUGGAGCAGUCAAUCAAUGAAUCCAACAAUGAUGUUGAAGAGACCACCGAACCGAGUAAUAAGGGGUUCAAGCUGAAGCUUACAAAUAUAGGAGGCAUGUGGCGACCUUGUCAGUAGGAGUUACACUGUAUCAUAUUCAUUAAAGUUGCAAAGCAUUUAAUUGUCAUUGAAGAAAUAAAAAAUAAGUUUUAGUUUUGUUUUGAUUAUGGAAUAGUUCUGUUGUGUUAUUUAGAAUUGGAAAAUACAGGUUAUUACAGAAUGCAUUUGCUAUGGAAAAAUUCAAAACUGAAAUUUGAAAACGUUACUUUUAAAUUUCCAGAUUUCACAAAAAUAUAAAAUAUAAAAUCAAUUUAAUAAA